GUGCAAUACAUCGGUUUGGAGGGGCGUAGAAAGGAGGCCAUAUUGUACAGUUAAAUUGAAAGAACGAAAAUAAUUAUAUCAUCGUACUAUCGUGCCCGUUCUCCUUUCUGUAUUUUAACCGUGAUCAUUCACGAAGAGUGUCGUUCGUUUGUACCGUGUAAAGCAGCAAAAGCACGUGGCCUGAAUCAUAGCUCGUGCCUAUUUGUAAAUAACUAUAAACCUAAGUAGUUGUAUCCCCCAAUACCUAAGCACUCGUCCGUCACUCUACCGAAGGGGUUUUUUGCUCCAGACGAGAUGGGCACUCGGGACGAUGAAUACGAUUAUUUAUUUAAAGUGGUUCUUAUCGGUGACUCUGGCGUAGGAAAAAGUAAUCUAUUAUCACGAUUUACAAGAAAUGAAUUCAAUUUGGAGUCGAAGUCAACUAUAGGAGUUGAAUUUGCGACACGAAGUAUACAGGUCGAUGGGAAAACAAUUAAAGCGCAAAUCUGGGACACGGCUGGACAAGAACGUUACCGUGCUAUUACAUCCGCGUACUAUCGUGGUGCAGUGGGCGCCCUGCUGGUCUACGAUAUUGCAAAACAUCUAACGUACGAAAAUGUGGAGAGAUGGUUGCGAGAGCUACGGGACCACGCUGAUCAGAACAUUGUGAUUAUGUUGGUUGGAAACAAAUCAGACUUGAGGCAUCUACGCGCUGUACCAACUGACGAAGCAAAAACAUUCGCUGAAAGGAAUGGCCUCUCUUUCAUUGAAACUUCUGCAUUAGAUUCUACCAAUGUCGAGACAGCGUUUCAGAAUAUAUUAACAGAAAUCUACAGAAUCGUAUCGCAGAAACAGAUACGUGAUCCUCCGGAGGGUGAUACGAUUCGGCCACAGAACGUAGAACCUAUCGAUGUUAAGCCAACGAUGAAUUCGGAGGGAAUGCGUAAGCAGUGCUGCCAGUGACUUGCCUUACUGCUUAAAAUAAGGACAUACAAAGAGGCAAAGGAGAAAAGAAAAGUGGUCGACGGUAAACGUAACAGGUGCAUACAGUACAAGAGUCAAGACUAUUUACGAUUAUAAGUAUAAACGACUAAACUUUUCCCAAAUAAUCCCGGCCUCGAGGGCCCAAGUAGUCGACCGCUGAGUCUACUUGGAAGCAGAUUAAGUAGAUAAAUGCGCGUCCCAGCGAGCCGUACUUAAGACUAUUCUUUUACAUCUUCAUUAAAACGGUCGCUUGGUUUCGAUAAAAUGCAAGAUACGGGUUUUGCACUGUGAAACAACCCGUCUUGCAGACCACAUUUACUCCAUUGUUGAUCAAGCUUUUCUACACAAAAAUUGUUUUCCUCUGAUUCUGUACUAUAAUCAAACUUAUCGUUGAAAUAUUCAAAAUUUUACUGUACGAGUCAUUUGUUUUGCAAAAUUCAUUUUUGUGGAAACUUUGUUCGCAAGGAGUUGAAUGUGAUUUGCAAAAUGGGGAAGUUUGAUAUGCGUAGAUUGAGAACGCAAAACCUGUACCAGCUCCAAAUUUCCUUUCGCCGGAUGAGUGGAUUUAUUUUCUUAAAAAACUGAAACUGUACUAAACUAAAUAUAAUUAGCGUGCUAACAAUGAUGAGGAAAUUAAGCUUUAGGAACCUUUUUCCGGAUUAUUUGGGAAAAUCUACUGUAAUCUCGGCACUAGGAAACGAUGAGGAUCGGGGAAUUUAGCGACAAGUUACACGCAAUAGCAGAUGAACAUACGUGUUCAAGAACAUCAUUGGAAAUACCUAUGAGAAACGAAUUACGUACGCACUAUAUCCUUUUUGGAGAAUUCAUUCCCCCUAAGUCCUAUUUCUGUAACUUUAUCUCUCUGAUAUUUAAAGGAUAAAUCAGUGUUGUAUUACUUGGGCUUCUUCGUAAUACAUGUGCAAUUCUAUCUUCGACGUGCGGAUGAGCAAUUUGUACGGGUUUUGCACAGGACUCUAUUUUUUGGGAAUCAAAUUCUCCUUUUCUAGAAUCACGCCGACCGUUUGGAAGUCAAAUUCACUUUAGCGAAUUAAAUAAAAGAAUAAAUUCGAUGUCCAAAGGGGGUGGAUCCGGUUCGCAGGAAGUUGAAUUUGGAGUGCAAAAUCUGUAUAGAGUAAUUAUACAGUAAGAUGCUGCUGAAACGUUCGUCUGAACCUUUGAAACCAUAUCGUACCGAUUCUAGGAACAAAGAUAAUGGAUUUCCUGGAUUAUUAGAGAUUGUAAUAUAAUAUGAACAAUUUAACUUACACGCAACACGUCGAAUAAUAUUAAAUAUGUAAGUUUGAAAAAUUGUUAAGGAAUAUUCUAGUCCAAACUUCAAUUAUUUAUUUCUUUACAAUUCAAAAGAGAAAAAGUAUGAAACUUUUUGCAUCAGAUUUGGCCUUGUAUUUAACGAAUGUACACAAUCAUUUCAUGUAAAAAUAUUGAAAAUUGUCGAAGAUAGAGUUGUUUCAGUGGAGACCCCUUUCCUCGAACAUGCCUUCAUAGUUUCUACGAUUACUAUUGUUCUGCUCAUCUAAAUCGAACAAACUAGCAACCAUUUUGUUCAGUAAGAACGUGCCUACGGCCGGGUACCAAAAUUGUCCAGAAAUAAAACUUUGUCCUGGUCGAUGGGGACACGUAUACUGAAGAAUUUUCUGUAAAUUUCAUGCCAAUCGAUCAAUUAAAUCUUACAAAUUAUGGUAACUAUUUUAGAAAAAUGUGGUUUCGAAAAAAUCGAGUUUAAAGUUUAACACAGAAAUGUGUAUGACUUUGUUGUUAAAACCGACUAAAAGAAGAACCCUAAAUUUCAACGAUUUAUAUUUAAAAUAAAAUCUUUUUAAUGAUUAUAAUAACUGAGGUAUGGUUUCAAAGUUUGAAUGAACGUUUUGGGAACAGCCUAUAUAUAUUAUAACACGUGAAAUGUUGCGAUUAAAUAUAACAGAUGCACGGCAAUAGUGAAAGAAAAAGAAGCUUUACGAUUGAAACGUUACAAUUUAAGAAAGCAACGACAACAGCUUGGAAAUCAGGAUAACACUUUAUUGUUGCUCACUCUCUUGCUUUUGAAUUUGCACCCAGUAGCCAUCGACCUUGAAAAGUGCGAUAAAGAGCUUUGCCUCCCCUCCUCCUCAAUGAUCGCUUUAAAAAGAAAUUUUUUUUUUAAUUAAGAAGGUAUUCCAGUCUGACAACAUAUACGCCCUUCUUGGUGUUCAUAGACACCAUAUACAGGGUGUUCGACCAACCAUGGGAAAAAUUUCAAUGGUAGAUUCUGGAGACCAAAAUAAGACGAAAAUCAAGAAUAGCAAUUUGUUGAUUGAGGCUUCUUUAAGAAGUUAUUAACGUUUAAAGUUCCCUCUGUAGCGCGUGACAGUGGUUCUCACUCAGCGUGAGAGACUCUACUGACUGACGUACCGACAGCGUUACAGUUUUCCGAGUGAGAGCCACUACCGCGCGUGCGCAGCUGUUCUCGAGUUGCAAACAACGCGUAUUUUGGUGGAGGAUCUAACAAUUUUCAAACGACCAUAACUCUUGCAAUAGUAAAGGUAUCUCAUUGAAAAUUUUUUCUGA